AUUUAUUAAGUUUGAUGCUUAGUGAAAUAGUUUUAGUGCCCAAGUUAUUGAAGUUAAUCAACACAGCAUAUCAAGGAUUGUAGUUAAUCAAUAUAGCACAUCAAUACUUGAAGUUCAUCAAUAUAGUAUAUCAAAGAUCUACUAGGUGCUAUAGAAAUAAGUAUCUCAGUUACUAUUUUUCAAAAGUAUUUUUAUGGAAAAUAUCAAACAUAUUAAACAACAGAAAUAAUAACAUAAAAUCCCUCCACAUUCAUCACUCAGCUCCAACAAUUUUGAGCACAUGUCCAGUCUUGUUUUAUCUCUACUGUCCCACUGUCUCCAGUGGAUUGUUUGGUAUCAAAUCCCAGAUGCCAUAUUAUUUCAUCCAUAAACACUUUGCUAUGUAACUCCAAAAUAUAAGGACUUAUUUUUAAAAGUUAACCAAAAUACCAUUAUCACAGCUAAAAACUUAACUUUUUAAGAUAAUCAAAUAUCCAGUCAUUGUUAAAAUGUCCUCACCUGCCCCAUAAUGAUUUAAAUUGAGAUAAAAACUAAGAUGUAUAUAUUGCAUUUGGUUGUUGUAUCUCUUAAAUUGCUUUUAGUCUAUGAGUUCCACCAUUCCUCCCCACGCCCACCCAUUUUCCUUUCCUUGCCAUUUAUAUGCUGGAGGAACUGAGCUGUCUGUCCUGUAGCAUUUCUCAUACUCCAGAAUUUGCUGAUUGUACCCUUGUUGUAUCAUUUAAUAUGCUCCUGUGUUCCUUUAUAUGAUGCAAUAGGAAAUACGCAAUGCACAACCCCACUUGUGAAGCAUUCUUGUCAAAAAUUUAAAUCAAAUAGGCGCUUAAAUAGAUUUGAUUUAAACAUUUGAUAACAAUGCUUCACAAUGGGAUUGUGCAUUGCGUAUUUCUAUUGCAUCAUAUGAAAAAGAAAAUGUCUGAGAUCUAUAAGUUUGUGACCUUCAGUCACUGAGGUUCCCUAGAGGCACACCUAAUGAAACUCCAGUCUCAGGUUUGUAAGUGUCAUCUUUAUGACACUUUCGUUUGAGUUUCUAUGGGCUCCUUGGCCACCCCUCAUACAUUCUUACAUUAGAUGCCUUCACCUUGGUGUCUGGCUAGAAAUAUUGCAGAAGACAUAAUGCAAAGCUAGAUAACAGUUCUCAUUUCCUCUUUUAGAUUACAAAAUAUUUCAAAUAUAAAAGAAAGUAUGAGAGAGUGAUGUCAGCAAAAAUGGGAGAGUAGGGAAUUCCAAGGGCCCAUCCCUCCACAGAAACAUCAAAUAAACAAGCAAAAACUGUCACAAUCAACGUUGUCAGAAGUCUGGAAAAUUGUCAACAGCAUUAGUCUACAGUGCUGGUCUCCAAAAACCAAGUGAAUGUUGAAUGAAGAAAAAGAUGACUUAAACAUGGUAGAAUAGCUUUGUGGUGUUUUAACUUAGCUUUGUCCUACUCCUCUCACUUUCCUAGCAUGCUGGGAGUUUUAAGAUGCAACCCGUAUUCCUGAUGGGGGUGCCUAGUUCCAGAGGGAGCAGAACAGACCUAGUCCCUAAAGAAUCGUGUUUGUCUGGGGAUUCCUUGAAGGACUGACACAGGGUGUUUGCUUUGGUUUUAUCUAACUUAGAACUCUUUCAGUGCAGAAAAGUUGCUAAGCAGAGGGGUUCCUUGAAAACACCAAUAGGCAAAUGAAUGAGCUGUUGCUGCCUUGGGUAAAAGAUUACAGUUGGGUCAAACAAUAAACAUGCUACAACCUAGGAGAAAAAGCCAGGGAAAGAGUUACUUUGGGGAAUAGGGAUUUGGUAAUCUCCUGCAUAUAACAGGAAAUCUAGAAAGUCAUGUUCAUGCCCAGGGCAGGGUGCAUACCCAGAAAAGACCUGAAAAGACCCUUAGCUCUCACCUCUGGCUGACUUUUAGGCUCAGUGUGAGCAGGAAGUGAAGGCUAAGGCAGAGCUGUAAGUGGCCUGGCUAAGUGUGAAAGGAGUAUUCCUAACAAAGAGCCAAUCUGCAAAGACCAGAAGACUAUUAUUUUUUUUCUUUUAAGAAAAUCUCUGUGAAACCACUAACUGACCAAAAGCUAAAGAAACAACAGAAUUCAGAGACCAUCCACAGCAAACAACAACAACAAACCUUGAGGAGGUGAAGAAUCUUAUAUCCAGUUACCACAUUUAAAUAUAUAACAUGCCCAGUUUUUAACCAAAAAAUCAUGUGGUGCACAAAGAUACAAGAAAGUAUGGCCCAUUUGCAGGAAAAAAAGCCAAAUGAACAGAAAGUAUCCCUGAGGAAGCACAGACAUUGUCUUACUAGGCAAAGCUUUAAAUCAACUGCCUUAAAUAUCCUCAAAUAGAUAAAGGCAAUCAUGGACAAAAAAAUUAAAAGAAACCAGAUAAAUAAUGCCACAAAAAUAUCAAUAAAGAAAUUGAAUUAUAUAAAGAAAGCAAAUAGAAUUCUGGAGCUGAAAAAUACAAUAACUGAAAUGAAAAUUUUACUAGAGCUUCAACAGCAGAUUUAUGCAGGCAGAAGAAAGAAUCAGUAAACUUGAUGAGCUCAUUGAAAUUAUCCAGUUUGAGGAACAGAAAGAAAAAAAAAAUGAAGACAUGUGAAUAGAGCAUAAAGAACUGUGGGAUAAUUUGCAGUACACUAACAUAUGCAUUAUGAAAGUCCCAGAGAAAGAAAGGGAUGGAAAGAAUAUUUGAAGAAAGAGUAGCCUCAAAUUUCCCAAAUUUGAUUUUAAAGAAGCUCAAAGAAUUCCAGACACAUAAUCAAACCGUCAAAAAACAAAGAUGAAGAAAAUCUUGAAAGAAGGAAGAAAAAAAUCUUAAAAGCCAGAACAGAGAAGAGAGACAUUCCUAGAUAAACAAAAAAGCUGAGGGAGUUUUCUGCCUAUAGACCUGAAAGAGUCCUUCAAACUAUAAUGAAAAUAAUUCUAGUACCUAGACAGUACCUCAAAGUUAUAUGAAAAAUAAAGAGCAAUAAUAAUAAAAAGAAAGAACAAUAGUAAAGAUAACUAUGUAGGUAUUAUAUUAGUAUAUGAUCAUAUUUUUGAUUUGUUAUGCUUCAUUAUUUUUGUUUAAGGGUAGACACACAGACCAAUAAAAUAGAAUGAAUAGUACAAACCCAUACAUCUGUGAUCAACUGAUUUUUGACUAGGAUGCCAAGACCACAUGGUAGGAAAAGAAUAGUCUUUUCAACAAAUGGUGCGGGGACAACUGGAUAUUCACACGCAAUAUACUAUUAAUAAAAUUGGAUUCUACCUCACACCAUAGAUAAAAAUACUUAACAUUGAUCAGAAAUUUAAAUGUAAGAGCUAAAACUAUAACACUCUUAGAAGAAAACAUAGAGGUAAAUCUUCAUGACCUCACAUUUGUCCAUGAAUUCUUAGAAAUGACACCAAAGCCACAAACAAAAAAUUAGACUUCAUCAAAAUUUAAAACUUCUGUGCUCUAAAGAGUUAUAUCAAGAGAGUGAAAAUACAAUUCAUAGAAUAAGAGAAAGUACUCUCUUUUACCAAGGACCCGCCAACAUGGGCCGCAUUUGCACCAAAACCGUGAAGGAGGCGGCCCGGGUCAUCAUAGAAAAGUACUACACGCGCCUGGGCAACGACUUCCACACGAACAAGCGCGUGUGCGAGGAGAUCGCCAUUAUCCCCAGCAAAAAGCUCCGCAACAAGAUAGCAGGCUAUGUCACGCAUCUGAUGAAGCGGAUUCAGAGAGGCCCAGUAAGAGGUAUCUCCAUCAAGCUGCAGGAGGAGGAGAGAGAAAGGAGAGACAAUUAUGUUCCUGAGGUCUCAGCCUUGGAUCAGGAGAUAAUUGAAGUAGAUCCUGACACUAAGGAAAUGCUGAAGCUUUUGGACUUCGGCAGUCUGUCCAACCUUCAGGUCACUCAGCCUACAGUCGGGAUGAAUUUCAAAAUGCCUCGGGGACCUGUUUGAAUUUUUUCUGUAGUGCUGUAUUAUUUUCAAUAAAUCUGGGACAGCAAAAAAAAAAAAAAAAAGAAUAAGAGAAAGUAUUUGUAAAUUAUAUGCCUGAAAGGGUCUAGCAUCCAGCAUAUAAAAAGAGCUCUCACAACUUAACAACUAAAAGACAACUCAAUUUAAAAACGGGCAAAAGACUUCAAUAGACAUUUCUCCAAAGAAAAUACACAAAUUGCCAACAAGCACAUGAAAAGAUACUCAACAUCAUUAGUCAUUAUGGGAAUGCAAAUCAAAACCACAAUGAGAUAACACUUCAUGCCCACUAGAAUGGCUAUUUUUAAAAAUGGAAAAUAUUUAGGCAUUGAUAGCACCCAUCAGAUGGCCAAAUUAUUAUUUACUGGACCAGGUCUUUUCAAAACUAUCAAGCAGAUAGUCAGGGCCCGUAAAGUGUGCUAAAGAAAUAAUCCCCUGUACUGCAGGCCAUACAUUUCAAUCCCUGUAUCUUUAACCUCCUUGUUAAGUUUGUCUCUUCCAGAAUCGAAGCUGUAAAACUACAAAUCAUUCUUCAAAUGGAGCCCCAGAUGCAGUCCAUGACUAAGAUCUACCACAGACCCCUGGACCGGCCUUUUAGCCCAUGCUCCAAUGUUAACGACAUCAAAGGCAACCCUCCCAAGGAAAUCUCAACUGCACAACCCCCCUACUAUGCCCCAAUUCAGCAGGAAGUAGUUAGAGCAAUCAUCAGCCAACCUCCCCAACAGCACUUGGGUUUUCCUGUUCAGAGCGGGGACUGAGAGACAGGACUAGCUGGAUUUCCUAGGCCGACUAAGAAUCCCUAAACCUAGCUGGGAAGGUGACCGCAUUCAUCUUUAAACAUGGGGCUUGCAACUUAGCUCACACCUGACCAAUCAGAAAGCUCACUAAAAUGCUAAUUAGGCAAAAACAGGAGGUAAAGAAAUAGCCAGUCAUCUAUUGCCUGAGAGCACAGUGGGAGGGACAAGGAUCAGGAUUGAGCUGGGAGGGACAAGGCAUUCGAGCUGGCAAUGGCAACCCCCUUUGGGUCCCCUCCCUUUGUAUGGGAGCUCUGUUUUCACUCUAUUAAAUCUUGCA